AUGUUUGCUGUAUUAAUGAUGGCAGGCACUUCCCUCCUUGGAGGCUGGAAAGAAGUUGAUUUCGACAGUGAGUUUGUCCAAACAGUUCUUCCAUAUGUUCACAAGAAUUAUUUAAAGAUUUUACCAGAAUAUAAGCGCCGUAACACUCUUUGCGCUUUUAAGUCAGCUCAAGUCCAAAUCGUUAAUGGCUACAAUAUCAAGAUUGUUAACGCUCUUGGAUUUGAUGAAAUCGGACUUGAACUUCAUGUUUCUCCACAAAAGGAAAUCACAGUUAGAAACUUCGAACACAGAAUCUCAAGCAACAAGGAACAAAUCCCACUCGCUGGAGGCUGGAAGACUCAGAAAUUAGAUUAUGCUCCAGAACUUGUCCAAAAAUGCAUUGCCCAGUACAACAGCGUCAAGGGAAUCAAUGCUCUUCCUGAGAAGAUCCUCCUCAUCCGUACCCAAGUUGUUGCUGGAAUCAAGGUUCACGUUGUUUUCAUUGAUCAGGCUGGAAAGACGCACUCAACAAUUGUCAUCCGUAACCCAAGUGGCAAGCUCGCUAUGGAAUACGGCGACAGCUUCUAA